AUGGAUCAUCAUGUAUUUUUGCCCAUGGAUCAUAAAUAUAGAUCAAAUGCUAGGAGUUUCAAUGGGAAAAAAGAACAUAGGCCACCGCCAGAAUUGUUAAAUGGGGAACAAAUCUUGGAUAAAUUAAAGAACUUCAACAAUGCUUUUGGUAAGUUGCAAAAGAAUUGCAGUGAUGGUCCAUGGAAGAAAAAAUCAAUAUUUUUUGAGUUACCAUAUUGGAAGCACAAUACUUUACGCCAUAAUCUUGAUGUGAUGCACAUAGAGAAAAACAUAUUUGAUAGUAUAAUUGGGACUUUGUUGGAUAUCACGGGAAAGACAAAAGAUCAUGCAAAAGCACGUUUAGACUUACAAGAGAUGGGUAUUAGAAAGAAACUUCACCCAAAAGAGGUCGAUCACGGAAAGAAGCUAGUGUUUGCAAAAGCUUGCUUUUCCAUGAGUGCAAAUGAGAAAACUACUUUUUGUUCUGUAUUGAAAAAUGCAAAAAUACCAGAUGGGUGUGCUUCAAACAUUUCAAGGUGUGUUCUCCUUCCUGAAAGAAAACUUAGCGGAUAUAAGACUCAUGAUGCACAUUUCAUGAUGCAUUACUUACUUCAAGUAGUUGUGAGAUGUACAACGUCGAACCAGGUUGCACACCCGUUAAUUCGUCUUUGUUCGUUUUUUCGUUGUUUAUGUCAAAAGGUGAUUGAGGUUGAAGAUUUGGAUAUCUUGCAAUUUGAGAUUGCAGAAACACUUUGCCAAUUAGAAACAAUUUUCCCCCCGAGUUUUUUUGACAGUAUGGUUCAUUUGCCGAUACAUCUAGUGAAUGAGGUAAGAAUGGGAGGACCUGUUCAAUUUCGGUGGAUGUACUCUACAGAAAGAUAUUUAGGAAAAUUAAAGGGUUAUGUUCGGAAUAAAAGUCGUCCUGAGGGUUCUAUUGCUGAGGGUUAUGUUGUUAAUGAAUGCUUGACAUUGUGCUCGCAAUAUUUACAUAGUGGUGUUGAAACAAGGUUUAGUAGAAUGCCAAGGAAUAUCGAUAAGUGUCAUCCUGAUGAACUUGAAGGUCCAAUUUCUUUUUCUAGAAUUGGUCAUCCUAUAGGAGGAAAGAAAAAAGGUGGAGCAAUUUCUUUGGAUUGCAAGUCAAGGAGUCAAGCUCAUCGUUACAUCUUAUUCAAUCAUUACGAUGUCCAAAAAUUUAUACGUGAGCAUGAAAAUGAAAAUCCCAGAAAAAGAAAGGGGUGGAACAAAUCAAAGAGUCAAGGUUUGGAUUUUGUUGAAUGGUUUAAGAAGCGUGCUUUGUUAAGCGAUGUAUCUGACAUCCUUAGGAAGCUAUCCAGAGGACCAAAUAGAAUUGCACGAAGUUUUUCUGGCUAUGUAAUUAACGGAUAUAGGUUCCAUACGAAACAACGUGAUGCUAGACUUAAAACACAAAACAGCGGUGUGACAUUAGCGGCAAUAACGGAAAGUUUUGCUAGUACCAAAGAUGAAAAUCCAAUAACACAGUCAGUAAUUUACUAUGGAUUAAUUACUGAAAUAGUUGAGGUAGACUAUUAUGGUAGGUUGAAGUUUGUGUUAUUUAGAUGUGAUUGGUUUGAAGCUGAAGAGGAAAAGUUUGGGUUGACUUGUGUUUAUUUCAACAAGAGAUGUUACAUGGAUGACCCUUUUGUAUUGGCUUCUCAAGUCCACCAAUGUUUCUACGUUGAAGAUCCUUCAGAUGCAAAUAGACACUAUGUCGUGAAGUCUGUUCAAAGGGAGUUUUUAAAUAUUGAAGAUCCUCCAGAGCAUGCAGUAAAUCUAUCUUCAAGCACUGAAACUUGUGAAGUUGAAUUGGUUAGGAAUGACAUUCCACCAACAAUUACUGACAAACCUCCACCCGUGUCAGAUGAAAUAGAAUCUGAUGAUGACUAUAAUGCAUGAUAAAUUGUCUCAAUUUUUUUGUAUUAAUGUAGACAAGUUUUAAUAUGUAUUUGUUAUGGUCUAGGUUCUAUAUAGUGUGAUUUAGUUUUAUAUUUCAGUUGUUAUUUAUACAUUAUAAAUGGAUCCAACAUAUGAAGAAA